CUAAUAGAAAGAUUGAGAGUACAUGUACAGCAAUCAAAUACUCGGGCAACCCAAAUAAUUUAUAGAAAAAUAUAAGAAAAAUAAAAAUAAUUAGUUGUACAAUUAUUUUUCUCCUUAUAUAAAUAUGAAACACAUCACUUUCUUGAAUUCAUUGCACAUCAAAUACUAAGUCUGCCUAGAAAACACUAAAACAGAGCUUUUUCUAUAAAAUGGCUAUUUUUAUUUACUUAAUGUUCUUUCUCAUUUCAACUGCAACUGCUUGUGAAGAGUGUGUUCUAUCAAAGGCAUCAGUUUACUCUAAAGCUUCUAUUCUUUCAUCUGGAGCAUGUGGGUAUGGCUCUUUAGCUCUUAAAUUUAAUGGUGGACAUGUAGCUGCUGGUGUUCCUUCACUUUACAAGGACGGUGUUAAUUGUGGUGCUUGCUUUCAGAUAAGAUGCAAGAACAGUGGAAUUUGUAAUAAAGCAGGAACUAAAGUGAUAAUGACUGAUGUGAAUAAGGGUAACAACAGCACUGAUUUUGUGCUUAGUAGCCGCGCAUUCAGGUCCAUGGCCUUACCUGGCAAGGACCUACAUAUUCUUAAGCUUCCACUAGUUGAUAUUGAAUAUAAAAGGAUACCUUGUGAUUACAAAGGUAAAAACUUGGCAAUUCGAGUGGAAGAGAUCAGUAAAAAUCCAGGUUAUUUGGCUAUAAAAAUUCUUUAUCAAGGUGGUCAAACUGAGAUUGUUGCCAUUGAUGUUGCUGAGGUUGGUUCAGCUAAUUGGACAUUCAUGUCUAGGAAAUAUGGAGCAGUAUGGGAAGCAAGCAGGUUUCCUGGAGCAGGCCCAUUACAGUUUAGAUUUGUCGUAACAGCGGGUUUUGAUGGCAAAAACAUUUGGGCUAAAAAUGUUCUGCCUGCAAAUUGGAAGCCCGGAAUUGUAUAUGAUUCUAAAGUCCAAAUUGAUGAUGUUGCACUACAGGGUUGCAGCCCAUGUUCUGAUACCCACUGGAAUUAAUUUUUCUCUUUUUUUUUCUUUAAAUAUAAAUUUAUCAAUUUUUUGGGCAUGAAUAGGGUAGGAAACUUAUGUUUAAUAACUAUGACAUUAGUCUUCAGUUGUUACUAAGGGGAUAAAAAUCGGGUUUUUGUCUACUUCUAUUUUUCAUUGUUGUAAAUAAUUUUUUUUUGAAUUUGUGUUGAUGUCGAAUUUAGUUAUAUAAGAUUGGGUAAAUGUUGGGACGUCUUUUUUUUGUACACUUUAAGUUGUUACUUGUUAUUAUUAUAUU